AUGCUGGAGAUAAACAUCACUCUGGUCAGUGAAUUCAUCCUGGUAGGCUUCCCCACUGCCCCAUGGCUGCAAGUCCUGCUCUUCUUCCUCUUCUUUGUGGUCUAUCUGUUAAUAGUAAUAGAGAAUCUUGUAAUCAUGCUCACUGUUUGGGUCACUGGCUCCCUUCAUAAGCCAAUGUACUAUUUCCUAAGUAGCAUGUCCUUUCUGGAGAUCUGGUAUGUCUCUGUCACAGUCCCCAAGAUGCUGGACGGAUUCCUGCUGCAGAGACGGCACAUCUCCUUCACAGGUUGCAUGACCCAGCUCUACUUCUUUAUCUCACUUGCCUGCACAGAGUGUGUGCUCCUGGCAGCCAUGGCCUAUGACCGCUAUGUGGCCAUCUGCCACCCUCUGCGAUACUCAGUCAUCAUGACCACAAGUUAUUGUAUGCAGCUGGUGGCUUUCUCCUACAUGAGUGGUUUCACUGUCUCUGUCAUUAAGGUCUAUUUCAUUUCACAUGUUGCUUUCUGUGGCUCCAAUGUUAUGAAUCAUUUUUUCUGUGAUAUCUCACCAAUCCUCAAACUGGCAUGCAAAGACAUGUCCAUAGCUGAGCUAGUGGACUUUGCUUUGGCUAUUGUCAUUCUUGUGUUCCCUCUCAUCACCACUGUCCUCUCCUAUAUCUACAUUGUCUCCACCAUUCUGCGUAUACCUUCCACCCAGGGAAGGAAGAAGGCCUUCUCCACCUGCGCAUCCCACCUCACUGUAGUUAUAAUUUAUUACACAGCCAUGAUUUUCAUGUAUGUCCGGCCCAGAGCUAUUGCAUCAUUUAAUUCCAACAAAUUAAUCUCAGCUGUGUAUGCAGUUCUCACACCCAUGCUAAAUCCAUUCAUCUACUGCCUAAGGAACCAGGAAGUCAAGAACGCUAUCAAAAAGACCUUGAGUGGUGGCCACUGCCUCCUGCUCAGCUCAGCCCUGCUGCCUCGAGGAAGAGACAAUGUCCCAUGCAGGAUAUCAUUCCCAUGA